AAAAAGGAAGCAAUCCUGUCAGUUACUGCUUUAGUGCUAAUGUUGCUGUCACAUUCAGCAGUAAAGUUCUCUAAAAUGCUCUCCAAAAUAAUUGGGACUUUUAUUAAAUCAUAGAAAGUACACCUUUUUCUCCUGGGAGCCAAAGAUAUUUUAGAGAAGAAUUAAUCUUUCAUUUCUCUAGUUGAACAUUUUUCUAACAAUAAGAGUCAUGAAAAUAGAGUUCUCCACCUACUUCUUUCUGUGCCUAUUGCGAUUCAGCUUUAGUGCCACCAGAAGAUACUACCUGGGUGCAGUGGAACUGUCCUGGGACUAUAUGAAUCAUGACCUGCUUGGUGAGCUGCACAUGGACACAAGAUCUCCUACAGUACCAAGAUAUUUUCCAUUCAACACCUCAAUCACGUACAAAAAGACUGUGUUUGUAGAGUUCAUGGAUCACCUUUUCAACAUUGCCAAACCCAAGCCACCCUGGAUGGGUCUACUGGGUCCUACCAUCCAGGCUGAGGUUUAUGACACAGUGGUCAUAACACUUAAGAACAUGGCUUCUCAUCCUGUCAGUCUUCAUGCUAUUGGUGUAUCCUACUGGAAAGCAUCUGAGGGAGCUGAAUAUGAUGACCAGACCAGCCAAAGGGAGAAAGAAGAUGGCAAAAUCUUUCCUGGUGAGAGCCAUACUUAUGUCUGGCAGGUUCUGAAAGAGAAUGGUCCACUGGCUUCUGACCCACCAUGUCUCACUUACUCAUAUCUGUCUCAUGUGGAUCUGGUGAAAGACCUGAAUUCAGGCCUCAUUGGAGCGCUUCUGGUAUGUAGAAAAGGGAGUCUGGCCAAGGAAAGGACACAGACCUUGCACAAAUUUGUACUACUUUUUGCUGUAUUUGAUGAAGGGAAAAGUUGGCACUCAGAAACAAAGGAUAUUUUGAUGCAAGAUACAGAUACUGCAUCCGCUGGGGCGUGGCCUAAAAUGCACACAGUCAAUGGCUAUAUAAACAGAUCUCUGCCAGGUCUGAUUGGAUGCCACAAGAAAUCAGUCUAUUGGCAUGUGAUUGGAAUGGGCACCACUCCUGAAGUUCACUCAGUAUUCCUCGAGGGUCAUACAUUUCUUGUGAGGAACCAUCGCCAGGCCUCCUUGGAAAUUUCACCAAUAACUUUCCUUACUGCUCAGACACUCUUGAUGGACCUUGGACAGUUUCUACUGUUUUGCCAUAUCUCUUCCCACCAACAUGAUGGCAUGGAAGCUUAUGUCAAAGUAGAUAGCUGCCCAGAAGAACCUCAACUACAGUUGAAAAACAAUGAAGAAGAGGAAGAUUAUGAUAAUGAUCUUGCUGAUUCUGAAAUGGAUGUGUUCAAGUUUGAUGAUGACAAUUCUCCUUCCUUUAUUCAAAUUCGCUCAGUUGCCAAGAAGCAUCCUAAAACUUGGAUACAUUACAUUGCUGCUGAAGAAGCAGACUGGGACUAUGCUCCCUCAGUCCUCACCCCUGAUGAUAGAAGUUAUAAAAGUCAAUAUUUGAACAAUGGUCCUAAGCGGAUUGGUAAGAAGUACAAAAAAGUUCGGUUUAUGGCAUACACAGAUGAAACCUUUAAGACUCGUGAAGCUAUUCAGUAUGAAUCAGGAAUUCUGGGACCUUUACUUUAUGGGGAAGUUGGAGACACACUGUUGAUUAUAUUUAAGAAUCAAGCAAGCCGACCAUAUAACAUCUACCCUCAUGGAAUCACUGAUGUCAGUCCUUUGCACUUGGGGAGAUUGCCAAAAGGUGUAAAACAUUUGAAAGAUUUGCCAAUUCUGCCAGGAGAAAUAUUCAAGUAUAAAUGGACAGUGACUCUAGAAAAUGGGCCAACUAAAUCAGAUCCUCGAUGCUUGACCCGUUAUUACUCUAGUUUCAUUAAUCUGGAGAAAGAUCUAGCUUCAGGACUCAUUGGCCCUCUCCUCAUCUGCUACAAAGAAUCUGUAGAUCAAAGAGGAAACCAGAUGAUGUCAGACAACAGAAAUGUUAUCCUGUUUUCUGUAUUUGAUGAGAACCGAAGCUGGUACCUCACAGAGAAUAUGCAACGUUUCCUCCCCAAUGCAGCUGGAGUGCAGCCCCAAGACCCAGAGUAAGCCUCCAACAUCAUGCACAGUCUGUGGGUUCUGGGUUGCCACAACUCAGACUUUCGGAACAGAGGCAUGACAGCCUUACUGAAGGUUUCUAGUUGUGACGGGAACACUGGUGAUUAUUAUGAGGAUACAUAUGAAGAUAUUUCAACAUACUUGCUGAGUGAAAAUAAUGUUAUUGAACCCAGAAGCUUCUCUGAGAAUUCAAAGCACCCUAGCAUUAGGCAAAAGCAAUUCAGAGCCACCACAAUUCCAGAAAAUGACAUACAGAAGAUUGACCCUCAGUUUGGAGAGAGAAAACAGAUGUUUAAAGUACAAAGUAUCUCCUCUAGUGAUCUGUUGAUGAUCUUGGGACAGAGUCCUACUCCACAUGGGUUAUCCUCAUCUGAUCUCCAAGAAGCCACAUACAAGGCUAUUCCUGAUGAUCAUUUGCCUGCAGAAAUAGACAGUAAGGAGGGCCCAUCUGAAGUGGCACAAGUCAGGCCAGAGCUCCAUCACAGUGGGACCAUAGUAUUUACUCCUGAACCAGGCCUCCAAUUAAGAUUAAAUGAGAAUCUGGGGACAACUAUAGCAGUAGAGUUGAAGAAACUUGAUUUAAAAGUUUCUAGUUCAUCAAAUAAUCUAAUGACUUCACCAACAAUUCCAUUAGACAAUUUAGCAGCAGAUAAUGAAAAGAUAGGUUCCUCAGGACGCCCAAAUAUGCCAGUUCACUUUGAUAGUAAAUUAGACACCACUAUAUUUGGCAAAAAUGUAUUUCCCCUUAUUGUGUCUGGUGUACCUCUGAGCUUGAGUGAAGGGAAUACUGUUGACAAGUUGUUAGAACCAGCUUUAAAAAACAGUCAAGAAAGUUCACUGGGAAAAAAUGUAUUAUUAAUGGAGAAUGACAGGUUAUUUAAAGAGAAAAGAGCUCAUGGUCCUGCUUCAUUGAUCAAAGAUAAUGCUUUAUUCAAGGUUAAUAUCUCUUUGAUAAAGAUAAACAAGGUAUACAAUAAUUCAACAACUAGCAGAAAGACUCACAUCAAUGGCCCAACAUUAUUAAAUGAGAACAGUACCUCAGUCUGGCAAGAAAGUGAUCCUGAGUUUCAAGAAGUGGUGUCUUUGAUUCAUGAUAAAAUGUUUAUGGACAAAAAUACUGUGGCUUUGAGGUUAAAUCAUGUGUCAAAUAAAACUACUUCAUCAAAAAAUGUGGAAAUGGCCCAACAAACAAAAGAUGGCUCUGUGUCACCACAUGCAGAAAAUCCAGAAAUAUCAUUCUUCAAGAUGCUGUUCUUUCCAGAAUCAGAAAUUUGGAUAAAAAGAACCCAUGGAAAGAAUUCCCUGAACUCUGGGCAAGGCCCCAGUCCAAAGCAAUUAAUAUCUUUAGGAUCAGAAAAAUCCAUGAAAGAUCAGAAUUUCUUGUCAAAGAAGAAUAAAGUGGUAGCAGUAGGAGAGGAUGAAUUUUCAAAGGACACAGGACUCAAAGAGAUGGCUUUUCCAAGCAGCAGGAGCAUAUUUCUUACUAACUUGGCUAAUGUACAUGAAAAUGAUACAAGCAAUCAAGAAAAAAAAUUUCAAGAAGAAAUAGGAAGGAAGGAAAAAUUAAUCCAAGAGAAUAUAGUUUUACCUCAGGGAUAUACAGUGACUGGCAUUAAGAAUUUCAUGAAGAACCUUUUCUUACAGAGCACGAGGAAAAACGUACAAGGUUUAGAUGAGGGGGCAUAUGCUUCAGUACUUCAGGACAACAGGUCAUUAAAUGAUUUACCAGAUAGAACACAGAUUCACAUGGCCAAUUUCUCAAAAAAAAGGGAGGAAGAAAACUUAGAAGGCUUGAGAAAUCAAACUAAGCAAAUGGUAGAGAAGUAUCCAGACACCACAAGGAUGUCUCCUAAUCCAAGCCAGCAGAAUGUUAUCACUCAACAUGGUAAGCAGGCUUUGAAACAAUUCAGACUCCCACUAGAAGAAAUAGAGCUUGAAAAGCAGAUAAUUGUGGAUGACACCUCAAUCCAGUGGUCCAAAACCAGAAAAUAUUUAACCCAGGGUACCCUCACACAGAUAGACUAUGAUAAGAAGGAGAAAAAGGUCAUUACUCAGUCUCCUUUAUCAGAUUGUCUUAUGAGGAGUCAUAACAUCUCUCAAAUGAAUAGCUCUGCAUUACCCACUGCAAAGGUAUCAGUAUUUCCAUCUAUUAGACAUACAGAUCUGACCAGGAUACCAUCCCAAGACAACUCUUCUCAUCUUCUAGCAUCAGCCUGUAAGAAGAAAAGUUCUGGAGUCCAAGAAAGCAACCAUUUUUUACAAGGAACCAAAAGAAAUAACCUUUCUUUAUCCAUGCUAACCUUGGAGAUAAUUGGUAAUCAACAAAAGGUUGGCUCCAUGGAGACAAAUGCCACAAAUUCAGUUACAUACAAGAAACUUGAGAACACUGUCCCCUUGCAACUAGACUUGCCUGAAGCAUCUGGGAAAGUUGAUUUGCUUCCAAAAGUUCACAUUCAUAAGGAGGAUCUUUUCCCUACAGAAACUAGCAAUGGGUCUCCUGGCCAUGUGGAUCUCAUGAAAAAUAUUUUUCUUCGGAAAACACAGAGAGCUAUUAAAUGGAAUAAAGCAAAUAGACCUGAAAAAAUGCCUCUUUUGAAAGGGACAACAAAAAGCUCUGAAAAGACUCCCUCCAAGCUGCUGGGUCCUUUUGCUUGGGAUAACCAAUAUGCUACUCAGAUGCCAAAAAAAGAGUGGAAAUCCCAAGAGAAGUCACCAGAAAACACAGCUUUAAAGACAAAGGACAACAUUUUGUCCCUGAACCUAUGUGAAAGCAAUCAUGCAAUAGCAGCAAUAAAUGAGGGACAAGAAGGACCCCAAAGAGAAGCCACUUGGGCAAAACAAGGAGAGACUGGAAGGUUAUGUUCUCAAAACCCACUUGUCUUAAAACGUCAUCAAAGGGAAAUAAUCCUUACUACUCUUCAGUCAGAUCAAGAAGAAAUUAACUAUGAUGAUACCAUCUCAACUGAAAUGAAAAGGGAAGAUUUUGACAUCUACGAUGAGGAUGAAAAUCAGAACCCUCGCAGCUUUCAAAAGAAAACACGACACUAUUUUAUUGCUGCAGUGGAGCGGCUCUGGGAUUAUGGGAUGAGUGGAUCCCCCUAUGCUCUAAAAAACAGGGCUCAAAGUGGCAAGGUCCCUCAGUUCAAGAAGGUGGUUUUCCAGGAAUUUACUGAUGGCUCCUUCACUAAGCCCUUGUACCGUGGAGAACUAAAUGAACACUUAGGACUCUUGGGGCCAUAUAUAAGAGCAGAAGUUGAAGACAAUAUCAUGGUAACUUUCAAAAAUCAGGCAUCUCGUGCCUAUUCCUUCUAUUCUAGCCUUAUUUCUUAUGAGGAAGAUCAGAGACAAGGAGCAGAACCUAGAAAAAACUUUGCCAAGCCUAAUGAAACCAAAACUUACUUUUGGAAAGUGCAACAUCAUAUGGCACCCACUAAUGAUGAGUUUGACUGCAAAGCCUGGGCUUAUUUUUCUGAUGUUGAUCUGGAAAAAGAUAUGCACUCAGGCUUGAUUGGACCCCUUCUGAUCUGCCACAGUAACACACUGAACCCUGCCCAUGGGAGACAAGUGACAGUACAGGAAUUUGCUCUGUUUUUCACUAUCUUUGAUGAGACCAAGAGCUGGUACUUCACUGAAAACACUGAAAGGAACUGCAGGGCUCCCUGCAAUAUGGAAGACCCCACUUUUAAAGACAAUUAUCGCUUCCAUGCAAUCAAUGGCUAUGUUAUGGACACAUUACCAGGCUUAGUAAUGGCUCAGGAUCAAAGGAUCCGAUGGUAUCUGCUCAGCAUGGGUAGCAAUGAAAACAUCCAUUCUAUUCAUUUUAGUGGACAUGUGUUUACUGUACGGAAAAAAGAGGAGUAUAAAAUGGCAGUGUACAACCUCUAUCCAGGUGUUUUUGAGACAGUGGAAAUGCUACCAUCCAAAGCUGGAAUUUGGCGGGUAGAAUGCCUUAUUGGCAAGCACCUAAAUGCUGGGAUGAGCACUCUUUUUCUGGUGUACAGCAAGCAGUGUCAGACUCCACUGGGAAUGGCUUCUGGACACAUUAGAGAUUUUCAGAUUACAGCUUCAGGACAAUAUGGACAGUGGGCCCCAAAGCUGGCAAGACUUCAUUAUUCUGGAUCAAUCAAUGCCUGGAGCACCAAGGAGCCCUUUUCCUGGAUCAAGGUGGAUCUGUUGGCACCAAUGAUUAUUCAUGGCAUCAAGACCCAGGGUGCCCGUCAGAAGUUUUCGAGUCUCUACAUCUCUCAGUUUAUCAUCAUGUAUAGUCUGGAUGGGAAGAAGUGGAAGACUUAUCGAGGAAAUUCCACUGGGACCUUAAUGGUAUUCUUUGGCAAUGUGGAUUCAACUGGGAUAAAACACAAUAUUUUUAACCCUCCAAUUAUUGCUCGGUAUAUCCGUUUGCACCCAACUCAUUAUAGCAUCCGCAGCACUCUUCGUAUGGAGUUGAUGGGCUGUGAUUUAAAUAGUUGCAGCAUGCCGUUGGGAAUGGAGAGUAAAGAAAUAUCAGAUGCACAGAUUACUGCCUCAUCCUACCUCACCAAUAUGUUUGCCACCUGGUCUCCUUCACAAGCCCGACUUCACCUCCAGGGGAGGACUAAUGCUUGGAGACCACAGGUGAAUAAUCCAAAAGAAUGGCUGCAAGUGGACUUCCAGAAGACAAUUAAAGUCACAGGAAUUACCACCCAGGGAGUAAAAUCUCUUCUUACCAGCAUGUAUGUGAAGGAGUUCCUCAUCUCCAGCAGUCAAGAUGGCCAGCACUGGACUCUCUUUUUUCAGAAUGGCAAAGUAAAGGUUUUUCAGGGAAAUCAAGACUCCUUCACACCAGUGGUGAACUCUCUAGACCCGCCACUACUGACUCGCUACAUUAGAAUUCACCCUCAGAGCUGGGUGCACCAGAUUGCUCUGAGGCUGGAGGUUCUGGGCUGUGAGGCACAGCAGCUCUACUGAAAGUCCCCUGGCCCCUCUCUCCUCAGCUUCAGUCUAGGCCCUAACUCAAGGCCAGUGUCUUCCUUUGGCUUGCCUUCUACUUUUAUGCCUGAACUUCAGGUUACUUCCUGCCCCGCGCUGUCCAUGGUGCCAUCAUUUUUCUAUGUUUUUAGAUUAUACACUGCCUCCAAAUUAAUUGUCAUUAAUCCUGCAUUUCCUGGGAGAGUUGCAUCCAAUUUAACUUAACUCCUACCCAUUGUCUGCAACUGCUUCCCAUGUAACUAGGCAAAAAGAAGUGAGGAGAGACCUGUAUGUGUGCAUAUGUGCAUUUUUGCUGACAAAAGUACCCAUAGAUUUAAUCAUAUUUUAAAGGGGUGAAUGGUCAUAAAAUAGUUCAAUUUAAUCUCAGAAGGAUGUAGAAAUAAAGCCAUUUGGUCUUAAUUCUGACCAAUGAAGUAUAGGUUAGGGUUAUGGAAUUACUGAGAACCUUGAAAUAAAAUGACAAUGUCUUCUUGAAAUUUGCAAUAUCCAAGAAAGGUAAUGAUCAUAAUAUGCUUCUAAAGGACAUAUAUUUAAUAUUUCAGUGGAAAACUAAGGAAAAUACAAGCCUGUCUGGAAUAGGAGAUACAAACUUUGUAAUUCUAAUUGUACACUCAUUUUACUCUCUCCUUGCCUAAUUUCCUGCUGAAACAACACAACAAAAAUGUAACAUGGGAAAUUUUUUACCAUGAAUGAAAACUAGAGUCCUACUUAUAUACAUCAAGGAGUCAAAAGAAAAUUGAACUGGUGAAAACACUCCAUAUCCACUACAUAAGAGAAACUCCCACCUUGACCCACCCCUCACAAGGUUGAGAAGGGUUUAUUGCUCCUUCCAUCUGCCUACCCCCUUGACUACGACUACACAAAAAGGCAAGAGAAUGGCUGCUUUUUUUUUCGAUGCUAGAGCAUUUCCUAAUAAUCCUGCUUGACCCUAAUCUGACCUCUUAGGACUAUAGCAUAGCUGUCACAGUAUAGUCACAAUCCACAACUGAUGAAGGUGCAAAUGACUUAUAGUCCUGUAAAAUUCUGUAAGGUUAGAAGUUAACCUACAGAAAUCAAUAAGUUGUUUUGUUUUAUAGCCUUGUAGAGAAGUUAACCCCAAAGGUGAUAUGGUUUUAUUUCCUGUGAAAAAUUAACCACUCUUAUGUUUAAGUUAAUCCUCUUAUUUUGGAUUAUUUUCCCAUUGACUGUAUACAUCUAUAUUUCUCAAAUGCUCAUGGAACCAGCUCUUUUGUCCUCCUGCUGGUUUUCUCAGUAAUGAGUUAAAUAAAACAUUGAUUCAUACA